AAGUUUCGGCCUUCACCACGUUACUUCCGUUUCACCGAUGACCUGUCACCUGAAAGCAAACUAGCCGAAGUAUGGAGCUAAAAUAACACUUCCAUCGACCCCGGGAGGCGUUUAGGCUGAUCGAAAGUGGGCGAAGAACGAGUGCUUUUCUUUGCUAUUGGAGCAUUCUCCCCAUUGUCCUGCUCCAGGGCCUCUAGCAAGCCCCCCUUUUGGAGGGCUUUCUGCAAACCCGCCACUGACCGGAGGGCAGGCUGCAUCCUUGCGGUUGGCUCAACUAAAGGCUUGGCUUGCACUGACGCAGAUGAACAAUGUUUUCACCGUUGGUGGCCGAGUUACGACUUUGAACUCCAACGCAUCAUCUUCACGCCUUUCCACAACACCGCCUUCACCGACUGCUGUGGCCAUCAAUCUUCUGAACGUUCUGAAGAUCGCCAACACCAUGUCCCAUCCUCUCUUCAACCCUUUUGUUCCUGGGACGCAAACUUCCUCCCAGGGGCAAUAUGGACUCUCCAGUGGACAGACAGAAAGGGAUCCUCGGACAGGGUUGCCUCGCCUUGAGCCUGGGUCCAGCUACCCUUCUGGACCACCUCCUUUGAUUCUUGGGACAUCCGGAGGGUUUCUACCACCCCCUCUAGCACCUCCAGGAAACUACAUACCUGAGAGAAGUAGGAUAACUGUGGACGACGACAUCGAGAGGUGCUUAGACUUGAAUAUUGGCAGACCCAAGGAGGAGGUGAGGCAUCAGCCUUUGAACCAGAGCAUUCCCUUCAUCAGCACUCAAAGACAAGGGUUUCCUCCUUCAAACACCGAGGUGCCAUCUUAUAUGGCACCCUCAGCUUUGCAAGGACACAGACCCUCCACUGUUGACAGUACUAGUAGGUCCUUGGACUGGUUGCCUAUGUUCAAAAGGACCCAAGAGGAUGAUCCCUCAAAAAUGUAUUCAUCUGCUUCUUCCAACUUUGUAAACAGUGGUGACGGUAGGUUUAACAUCUCCAACGAAGGGAUGUGUGACACGCCGUCCAUUCCGGGUUUUGGUAACUACGAGAGGAAGGUGCCAGAGAGAUCUGCACUGCCUGCCGAGCCCAGUCGGCCCAAGUACACUUCAGAAUCAGCUUCUAACAUCCUCCUGCAAUUUGGACUUGAAAAAGAGGACUUGGAACAGCUCAUCACAUAUCCAGAAGACCAGAUCACGCCUCAAAACCUGCCUUUCAUCUUGAGGGAGAUCCAACUGAAAAAGGCACAGCGAACUGCAGCUCCAUCGAAACCUUACAGCGAACCUCCACCCAUUGAAAGUGUGAGUGGCUCUAGGGCUGCAGCGCCGUUCCAGGAUGAAAUCCAAUCCAUUGUUCUUAAACCAAGCAAAGUGAUUGACUAUGGACACACUAGCAAAUAUACUGCUGGCAUUGAGAAAGACGUUGGAAAUGCUCCACCUAAGGCGGGUGGGAGCAAAAGUAAUUUGGACAGUGUAAAAAGUGGCAGCCACAUCCAGAAGCCUGUGUCAAAAUCAGCCCACCUGACGGCUUCGACAUCCCAGCCGUCCAGCUCCACGUUCUGCAGCAUUCACCCGAAUCGUCCUGGCCUGGUGCUUAUUGACUUAAACAACGACAACAACGACAGUAGUCAAAGCAGAGCUCAAGGUGAAGCAUCUAAAGUUAAAGAACCGGUGAAAAAGCAACAAGGACAACAACCGAACCAACAGGUGCCACAGCAGCCGAAGAAGUUGAACCAGGCGCAGCAGCCGAAGAAGUUGAACCAGGCGCAGCAGCAGCAGAAGUUGAACCAGGCGCAGCAGCAGCAGAAGUUGAACCAGGCGCAGCAGCAGCAGAAGUUGAACCAGGCGCAGCAGCACAGCAGCAAAAGUUGA